UCCAGCCCUGUCAUCAGAAAGUCAGUGACCUCGCAGUUAUCUGCAGGAGCGUACAGGGGCGCGAGGGGCGACAUUCGUACCUCAGACGACCGCGGCGUGUUUGUUGUUGACUUGACUUGUGUCGCAGCCAUGAACUGUCUGAGAGCGCUGCGUCUGUCAAACCCCGUCCAGCUGAUCGUCAAAAACACGGAGGCGCUGAAGAAGCUGCACGUCCUCCAGCCGGCAUGUUGUCUGAGCGCAGGAUCGACCCCCGCGUCCCAGCGACCGCACUUGGACCACUUCCAUCUCAAAAUAAUCUCAAAGCCUCUGAAAUCUGGAGUGGAAGACAUGCUUUUCUACACCAUCACAGACGGAAAGGAGCAAGUCCCCAUUUCAUACUUUACUUCGGCCCUGAGGAAAACUGGCCUUCACCCGUCAGACCCUCGUUUGAAGGACUGCAUGGAGAAGCUCCGACGAGCUGUCACGGAGUCCGUUGGAGAGGUGAUGAUGGACAGAGAGCUUUUCCACAGGUGUGUCGGCGGAAACGUCGUCCUGCUGAUCCAGGCUUUCAGAAAGAAGUUCAUCAUCCCGGAGUUCGACGUGUUCGCGCAGAAGAUAAAUGAAAUCUACACGAGGGUGCAAACCCAAAGCGAGGGGAAGGUUGCAGACUACAUACCCCAGCUGGCCAAGUUCAGCCCAGAACUGUGGGGGGUGUCUUUGUGUACAGUGGAUGGCCAGAGGCACUCUGUUGGAGACACUAAACAGCCGUUCUGCCUGCAGUCCUGUGUGAAGCCCCUUCAGUACGCCAUCGCCGUCCACGAGGCGGGAACGGAGAUGGUUCACCGUUAUGUCGGCAUGGAGCCCAGCGGACUCAAGUUCAACAUGCUGUCGCUCGAUGACGAAGAUAAACCUCACAACCCCAUGGUGAACGCUGGAGCUAUAGUGAUCAGCUCUCUUAUCAAGCCUCGUUCAAAUAAGGCAGAGAAGUUUGACUAUGUGAUGGAGUUUGUGAAAAAGAUGGCAGGUCAGGAGUACGUGGGAUUCAACAAUGCCACGUUCCAGUCAGAAAAAGAAACGGGUGACAGAAAUUUUGCCAUCGGAUACUACAUGAAAGAGAAGAAGUGUUUCCCUCCUGAAGCAGAUAUGAUAGACGCCCUGGACUUCUACUUCCAGCUUUGCUCCCUCGAGGUGACCUGCGAAUCAGGAAGCAUCAUGGCUGCCACCCUGGCCAACGGAGGGAUCUGUCCAAUCACAGGCGAGCGUGUCCUGAGUGCCGAGGCUGUGCGGAACACUUUGAGUCUCAUGCACUCCUGCGGCAUGUAUGACUUCUCUGGUCAGAUGGCUUUUCAUGUGGGCUUGCCGGCCAAAUCUGGGGUGUCUGGUGCAAUACUACUGGUGAUCCCCAACGUCAUGGGAGUGAUGUGUUGGUCUCCUCCACUGGACAGAGUUGGAAACAGCGUCCGUGGAAUUCACUUCUGUGAGGAGCUCGUGUCGCUUUUCAACUUCCACAAUUAUGACAACUUGAGGCACUUUGUGAAGAAGCAGGACCCACGCAGGCUGGAUGGAGACGACAGGAACAAGUCUGUUUUCAAUUUGAUGUUCGCCGCCUACAGUGGAGAUGUGUCUGCCUUGAGAAGGUUUGCUCUCUCAUCCAUGGACAUGGACCUGAAAGACUACGACUCUCGAACAGCCCUACAUGUCGCUGCAGCAGAGGGUCACAUAGAUGUGGUGACGUUCCUGACUGAAACCUGCAAAGUCAAUCCAUUUGUAGAAGACAGGUGGGGGAACCUCCCAGUCGAUGAUGCCACACAGUUCGGACACGAUGACGUGGUGAAGGUGCUGAAAGAUUACCAGCAGGUCUGCAGCCAGCAGGAAACACAGCACACUCAGGCCGAGCAUUCCCCGAAGCUGGACACCAUCGAUGGCAUGGUUUGACGUCCCCCCCCAAGAACUGCAGCGUGUCGGGGGGCAGUUGUGCAAUCUGUCAAGUUUUGAAACACGAAGCUCCAAUUCAUAGCACACAAAAUAAGUGCAGGGAAUAUGACGCCAUGAACAUUAAAUGAAAGAUGCAAAGUGAAUAGGAGAAGAUUUAUAAGUGAACGGGAAAAUGGUAUUAAGAUGCAGACGGAAUAUAAAGCAGGCGGGAAUAUACAAUCCAGACAAAAGGCAAAAAUAAUAAAGCAACAAGCUGAGAGAAAACAAGAUUUGUGUGUGAAUAAUGGGGCGCUGCGAGCCGACUCAACCUUUAAAUCACUGCUGCUGGACACAAUGUUCGUGUUAUAGUAAGAUUCAUAUAUGUUCCACAGGGAAGCAGAGGAGACUGUAAACUCAAAAGAUGGAUUUUUUUGUACUGUAAUGCUUCUCUGCUUCCUUACAACAGAACAUUUCACUCUUAUAUGUUUUUAUAAUUCUAUUGUGCCUUAUUGAAACCUUUAAAUAUGUAAGACUGUUCUGUCUGGAUGUAAAAUCUUAUAUUUGUUUUUUUUCCAAAAAGGAAGAUGAGGUGAGGAAUUGUACAUGAUCCUGAUAACUUAAAGGGUUACUCCCCCAAUUUUACACAUUAAGGUGUGUUGACAGGUCUUGGGAAGUACUACUACGCAUGUGAAAGAAGUAGUAUUGUGUCUCCAGAGGAAGCUGCAUGUAAUCUGAUAAAUUGCCACUGGUGAUGCCACUCAGAGGCUCGUUGCAUUGUGGGUAAUGCAGGCACCAGGCUUUGAAAGCAGUCAAGCAUUGCUUCCCAGUUUUGAAAAAAAAAUGCUGAAAAUCAACAAAACCAGAGAUAUCAACAAUUUAUUUCACACCUUCUCCUUAUUUUAUUACCCAAAAUGCAACUCAGCCACUUAGUGACGUACAUCACUGGAGACAGUUUAUCAGAUUGCGUGCAGCUUCCCCUAAAGCCACAAAAGGCUUUAUACUACUGUUCAUGUUUGCAGUAGUACUUCCAAAGACCUUUCAGCACACUUUAAUGUGUGAAAUUGGUGGAGUUACCCUUUAAUGUCUGUGAGCUACAUUGUAUAUACUAUGUUCUUCAGCUGUAAAUACAUUAUGAUGUGCAGUGUCAUAACACUUACGCCAAUUUUAAUAUGCAUAAGCAAGAAAUUUAAUGGAGUAAUUUAUUACCAGAACUAUUUUGACAUUAAAGACGACUAUUAAACAUUUUGUAUUAAUCCGCCA